AUGCUUUCCUCACGUAAACGAACAUUGCAGGGAGCCGAAGACGUCAUCCAAAACGAGGAGCCGUCGUUGCUCCAUCGCAUUCGACACCAAUGGCAAUUCGCCAAUCUGUGCCAAUGGAUUUACCUCUUCGGCAAGGUCGUCAAGAUCGAUGACAAUCUGGAUACAGAGGAUAUCGAGGCCGAAUGUCUGAAGCCGAAUGCCCCCAUCCUCCAGGACAUAGGACUUGCUUUGCUGAAGUUUAUCUCGUCGCAUCGCGGUUUAACACAUGAGCUAUUCGAUGAGUAUACACGACGACAAUAUUUAGCAAGGGCUCCCGAGAAGAACCCAUUCGGAACGGGCGAGACCGCGGCCAAAUUCGCGGAUUUCGAUGUCUUAACCAAGAUUCAAAUCCUUCAACAAAUGACACAAUGGAUCAUGGGCCGCCCAGAACGCAUCAGGGAGAAGAUGGAAGAGCAGAAGGAUACCGACCAAGCUAGCUGGCGGAUAGAGCCAAUUGGCUGGGACAAGGACGACCGUACGUACUUCGUACUAGACGAUAACCGAGUCUAUCGCAUGACCGAGCCACCUCCCAAGCCGAUGACACCCAAGAAGAAGUCGAAAGUCGCCAGAUACGGCUCUCGGUCCAACAAGAGACGGCGGGUCUCUGCAGCAAACGGCACGGAUGAAGACCAAUCCGUGGAUAACCCGGCUGAUGACGCUGUUUCCGCACCAGAAGACAACGGACUUGGCGGCUUGAGAUGGGAAUGCAUUGCUGUGAGUCUGGAAGAUGUACGGGGAAUCAUCGCUUCGUUCCACAAGACCAAGGAUGACAACGAAAAGGUUCUUCGAGAUCAGCUCCAAGAGCAUCUUCUACCCAUUUUAGAGAGACAGGAAGAAUCGAGGAAACGCAAGGAGCAACAGCGAGAAAGGGAGCUCCACAAUCUGGCCAAGAUGGCAAAUGCGAAACGAUCCAGCCGCAUUGCGAAUAGGGCUGAGCAGCAGAAGCAAGAGGAAAAAGCCCUAGAAGAGGCUAAACUACUGCAGGCUCAACGAGCAGCUGCAAAGAAGGAGGAGCAGCAACGAAUCAAACUAGAAAAGGAGCGGGACACGAGACUCAUGUCUCGAGAAAAGCGACUCCAGGAUCGAGAAUCCCGCCGUUUACAGCACGAACGGGAGCUCUCUCAGCUUUCAGAGGACAACCGCAGUGGUUCAGGCCGCAUAUCAGAACGGCGGCUGCAAGCUGAGAUUGAGAAAAACAAGCGAGCACUUGAAGAGCUUGAAGAUGAAGAAGAUGAUUGGAUGUUUGAUUGCAUCUGCGGUGUCUACGGUCAAAUUGACGAUGGCACACACAGUGUGGCUUGCGAAAGGUGCAACGUCUGGCAACACAGCAAGUGCCUCGGUAUAAGCGAGAACGAAGCUGAGAAACCAGAGUUUCAUCUGAUCUGUCAGUCAUGCAAGCGGCGUGAGGCUGAGGCGGCGGCAAGGCCAAAGACCACCAUCAAGCUCAAAGUCCAUCGCCCAACCGAUGCGUUAUCCUCGCCGUCGAAGCAGUCUCUCGACGAAAGCAACACCCGCCUCUCGUCUUCGGGGCUGGCGGUAGAGAUUCCAGUCAUUAAACCAGAGGCAGCUCAAGCCUUCGAAACUGGCAAGCCGGGAAUCGACCAACUCCAGACAGUGGCAUGCUCACCAACGGAAAAUCGGGGCACGAGACUCCUGAAGUCAAAAAGGGGGGUUUCUCCAUGUGAUGGUUCUCCUAUCGCUGGCUCCUCUGGAUCCCUGGACAAAGCCAAUGGAGUACAAUUAGCCGAGGCGCUCAGUCCCAGGCCGGCAACUCCAAAGGGUGAGCUCGACGAAGAUCGUGAUAAAUCCCAUCGGCAUUCCACCGGUAGUAGCCCAUCCGCAAAUGAUGUUAGCAGCAAGUUGCCGGCACACCUAAGCCGUGUCGAAAAGACACCUGGUCCUAUCGACCCAACAUCACCCAGGCACGGAAACUCAAGCUUGAUGGCCACGCCUAUCAUCAGUCGAGAGCACGGCAUUCCCGGCUCAGCACAUUCGUCUUUCACGCUGCCCGCUCCAGAGGGCGGUCUGUCCCCAACCAAGCAUUCCCCUCCUAUGCCACGUCCACAGCCACCCAGCGUCAAAACACCUGUUCUACCAGCCGUGCUGCCGCCUGUAGCAACGCUUUCGCCCUCCCCACGACAACAAAUUCUAACACCACCGAUCAAGCCCGCCGAGCCAGCCCGUAGGCCGCAGCCGCCAAAGGCAAGUCCUGAAGCCAUGUGA